AUGGCGGGGGAGGAGGAGGCGGAGGAGGAGAGUGGUGAAGACAGGACGAGACGAAAACUUAUAAAUAUUGCUGGAACACAGGUCUUUACCAUGUCACGGGGCACUGAGGCAGAAAACACAACUGGGCUGGGUAAUCUGGACACAGAACUGAGGAAAAAAGAACACAAAACUACUACGUCACUCAACACAAAACUACUGGAACUACUCAACACAAAACUACUGGCGGUGAAGAACGGCGUAGCAGUUGGCCAAGCAGGCCCUCGUGGACACCAGCAGGUCCUCGUGGACACCAGCAGGCCCUGGUGGACACCAGCAGGCCCUGGUGGACACCAGCAGGCCCUCGUGGACACCAGCAGGCCCUCGUGGACACCAGCAGGCCCUCGUGGACACCAGCAGGUCCUCGUGGACACCAGCAGGUCCUCGUGGACACCAGCAGGCCCUGGUGGACACCAGCAGGCCCUCGUGGACACCAGCAGGCCCUCGUGGACACCAGCAGGCCCUGGUGGACACCAGCAGGCCCUGGUGGACACCAGCAGGCCCUCGUGGACACCAGCAGGCCCUGGUGGACACCAGCAGGCCCUCGUGGACACCAGCAGGCCCUGGUGGACACUAGCAGGCCCUGGUGGACACCAGCAGGUCCUGGUGGACACCAGCAGGUCCUGGUGGACACCAGCAGGCCCUGGUGGACACCAGCAGGCCCUGGUGGACACCAGCAGGCCCUGGUGGACACCAGCAGGCCCUGGUGGACACCAGCAGGCCCUCGUGGACACCAGCAGGCCCUGGUGGACACCAGCAGGCCCUAGUGGACACCAGCAGGCCCUGGUGGACACCAGCAGGCCCUGGUGGACACCAGCAGGCCCAGGUGGACACCAGCAGGCCCUCGUGGACACCAACAGGCCCUGGUGGACACCAGCAGGCCCUCGUGGACACCAGCAGGCCCUCGUGGACACCAGCAGGCCCUGGUGGACACCAGCAGGCCCUGGUGGACACCAGCAGGCCCUGGUGGACACCAGCAGGCCCUGGUGGACACCAGCAGGCCCUGGUGGACACCAGCAGGCCCAGCAGGUGGACACCAGCAGGCCCUCGUGGACACCAGCAGGCCCUCGUGGACACCAGCAGGCCCUGGUGGACACCAGCAGGCCCUCGUGGACACCAGCAGGCCCUCGUGGACACCAGCAGGCCCUCGUGGACACCAGCAGGCCCUCGUGGACACCAGCAGGCCCUCGUGGACACCAGCAGGCCCUCGUGGACACCAGCAGGCCCUCGUGGACACCAGCCCUCGUGGACACCAGCAGGCCCUCGUGGACACCAGCAGGCCCUCGUGGACACCAGCAGGCCCUCGUGGACACCAGCAGGCCCUCGUGGACACCAGCAGGCCCUCGUGGACACCAGCAGGCCCUCGUGGACACCAGCAGGCCCUGGUGGACACCAGCAGGCCCUCGUGGACACCAGCAGGCCCUCGUGGACACCAGCAGGCCCUCGUGGACACCAGCAGGCCCUCGUGGACACCAGCAGGCCCUCGUGGACACCAGCAGGCCCUCGUGGACACCAGCAGGCCCUCGUGGACACCAGCAGGCCCUCGUGGACACCAGCAGGACACCUCGUGGACACCAGCAGGCCCUCGUGGACACCAGCAGGCCCUCGUGGACACCAGCAGGCCCUCGUGGACACCAGCAGGCCCUCGUGGACACCAGCAGGCCCUCGUGGACACCAGCAGGCCCUCGUGGACACCAGCAGGCCCUCGUGGACACCAGCAGGCCCUCGUGGACACCAGCAGGCCCUCGUGGACACCAGCAGGCCCUCGUGGACACCAGCAGGCCCUCGUGGACACCAGCAGCCCUCGUGGACACCAGCAGGCCCUCGUGA